CAGACAUAAUGAGGAGACUGGCUUUUCGAGGAGCUGGUUGUGCUCUGGUAAAGCUGGUAAAUUACUGAUCAUCUACACCUUUUCUCUUUUCUGUCCUUCCUUGCCUCUUCCCUUCCACUUUUCUUAAGUUUUGUUAUCCUUUCCAUAAAGUUUCCCUUGUCAUGUUCAUCAGAUUCACUUGUGUCCUUGUCAUAGCUUGUUUACCAAGGUCCUUCGUUUCUUCGUCUUAAUGAACUGAGACCAGUUUAUCAGCCUUUUAUGAAACAAAAUAAAAUCAACAACACUUGGCUGUCCUUGGCUUAAGCCCUUUGAACCUUUUAGCUGUAGCUAAUUGCAAACUAAUGUACUGUAUAACCAAAGCGAGAGGAAGGAGUACUGUCAUGGUAGGCUGUUUUUAAAUACCGUGUGGACCAUAGUUCAGAGGAAGAGAUAGGAGACUCCUCUUGUUUCUUAGUUGGUUACCAGAAUGUUCUAUUUGUUGGUUUGUUUUGCUCCUCCUUUGUGUUCCCUGGAGAUCCCUAGUUUUUCUCUCCAUGCCCACCAACAAUCCAUUCUUUCAGCUGCUGGUGUCUUAGUUUACCGACAUUGAACGUUAAUGAGUGAAACUGGAAUCAGUUUUUUCUUUUAGUUUUGGAGACAGACCUUUGAAAUCACAGUAUACUAUUUGAUACUGUUGUUAAAUUGUAUAAGCAUUAUAGGACCUUCUCAGGUAUAUACCCUUGCCCUCUAGCUGUGGCAGAUCAUUGCAAUUGUCGCAUUUUUUGUGUUACAGUCAAAUGUGUACAUUUGUGAAGUUGUGUUAACAUUAGAUACUAGACAGCCUCCCUGACAGCAAAUAUUGAUGUGUUUCUGGAAGGCCAACUAGGAUCUAAAAGUUCCCCUCUGAGGUACUAUUCCAGAUCAUCUGCUGAAACUUAAAGCUAUGAUUUCAGAAUUCAUGGGGAUAGAAUACCUCAUAUAACUGAAAAGGAGGUCAGUCUGAUUGACAGAAAAGUUUCAAAACGGCUUUACUACUUUGACAUAGGUAUGGUAAGUCACAUUAAGUAUUUUCCAGGGAUAUAUUUUGUGGCCUUCUUUAAUGAAUGGAGUGUGUUAAUUUUAGAAUUCAUCUAAAAUGCUAGAAGGUUAAUUGUCCUCUGUCCCCUACACUUUGGCACUACUCCUUUGCCUCAGGCACUGAUUACUAUUUUUUUUCCACAUCAUGACCCACCUGGAAAAUGAUCAGAGUUGUUAGACACACUGGGGAUAAGAGAUGAAGCUGUUGACCCCAGAGGGGACUGCCUUGGGGCUUCUGUCCCUGGCUGCCUCAGGGGCUGAGGGAUCAAUACCUCCACGCUGGUGUACCCCUACAUGUAGAUUGUCAAAGUCCAGUGAGGAGUAAAUUUGGGACCAGAUGCGAUUGGGUCAUUCAAAUGUGGUGACAUAUGAUGGGUAUACUUUUGUUGAAUUUGCCCCAUCUGAGUUAAAAGUGUAGCAUUCUGGUAAGUGAAGGGGCUGAAGCAACAAGGUCCAGAACUUCCACUGAAAAAACUGACAGUUAAGUUUCCUUACAACAGUUAAAAUAUCCUCCUAAGUGAGCCAGAAUCUGGGUAGCAAGUGCCUAGCUGAGGGCUUGGUGGCAGUGUCUAAAUUUAAGUAUAAGAACAUGGCCAAUUAUUUCUUAUAGAAGAAAUUGGAUUCCAUGGGUUCCAAGAGAAGACGAGCUACUUCCCCAUCCAGUAGUGUCAGCGGGGACUUUGAUGACGGGCACCAUUCUGUAUCCACACCAGGUCCAAGCAGGAAAAGGAGGAGACUUUCCAAUCUUCCAACUGUAGAUCCUAUUGCUGUAUGCCAUGAGCUGUACAAUACCAUCCGAGACUAUAAGGAUGAGCAGGGCAGGCUCCUCUGUGAGCUCUUCAUUAGGGCACCAAAACGAAGAAAUCAACCAGACUAUUACGAAGUGGUUUCUCAGCCCAUUGAUUUGAUGAAAAUCCAGCAAAAGCUAAAAAUGGAAGAGUAUGAUGAUGUUAAUCUGCUGACGGCUGACUUCCAGCUGCUUUUUAACAAUGCAAAGGCCUAUUACAAGCCAGAUUCUCCUGAAUAUAAAGCUGCUUGCAAACUCUGGGAUUUGUACCUUAGAACAAGAAAUGAGUUUGUUCAAAAAGGAGAAGCAGAUGACGAAGAUGAUGAUGAAGAUGGGCAAGACAAUCAAGGCACAGUGACCGAAGGAUCUUCUCCAAGUUACUUGAAGGAGAUCCUGGAGCAGCUUCUUGAAGCCAUAGUUGUAGCCACAAAUCCAUCAGGACGUCUCAUCAGUGAACUUUUUCAGAAACUGCCUUCUAAAGUGCAAUAUCCAGACUAUUAUGCAAUAAUUAAGGAGCCUAUAGAUCUCAAGACCAUUGCUCAGAGGAUACAGAAUGGAAGCUACAAGAGUAUUCAUGCAAUGGCCAAAGAUAUAGAUCUCCUAGCAAAAAAUGCCAAAACUUACAAUGAGCCUGGUUCUCAAGUGUUCAAGGAUGCAAAUUCUAUUAAAAAAAUAUUUUAUAUGAAAAAAGCAGAAAUUGAACAUCAUGAAAUGGCUAAGUCAAGCCUUCGAAUGAGAAAUAAAAGAACAGUCCAAGGGGGUCGUUUGUCAGCAAUUACCAUGGCACUUCAGUAUGGCUCAGAAAGUGAAGAGGAUGCUGCUUUAGCUGCUGCACGUUACGAAGAAGGAGAAUCGGAAGCAGAGAGCAUUACUUCAUUUAUGGAUGUUUCAAAUCCUUUUUAUCAGCUUUAUGACACAGUUAGGAGUUGUCGGAAUAACCAAGGGCAGCUAAUAGCUGAACCUUUUUUCCAUUUGCCUUCAAAGAAAAAAUACCCUGACUAUUAUCAGCAAAUUAAAAUGCCUAUAUCCCUACAACAGAUCAGAACAAAGCUAAAGAAUCAAGAAUAUGAAACUUUAGAUCAUUUGGAGUGUGAUCUGAAUUUAAUGUUUGAAAAUGCCAAACGCUACAAUGUUCCCAAUUCAGCCAUCUACAAGCGGGUUCUGAAAUUGCAGCAGGUCAUGCAGGCAAAGAAGAAGGAGCUUGCUAGGAGGGAUGACAUUGAGGAUGGAGACAGCAUGAUUUCUUCAGCCACCUCUGAUGCUGGUAGUGCCAAAAGAAAAAGUAAAAAGAACAUAAGAAAGCAGCGAAUGAAAAUCUUAUUCAAUGUUGUUCUUGAAGCUCGUGAGCCAGGUUCAGGCAGAAGACUUUGUGAUCUGUUUAUGGUUAAACCAUCCAAAAAGGACUAUCCUGACUAUUAUAAAAUCAUAUUGGAGCCAAUGGACUUGAAAAUAAUUGAACAUAACAUCCGCAACGACAAGUAUGCGGGGGAAGAGGGAAUGAUAGAAGACAUGAAGCUGAUGUUCCGGAAUGCCAGGCACUACAAUGAGGAGGGCUCCCAGGUGUACAACGACGCACACAUCCUGGAGAAGUUACUCAAGGAUAAAAGGAAAGAGCUGGGCCCACUGCCCGAUGACGACGAUGUGGCUUCUCCCAAACUCAAGCUGAGUAGGAAGAGUGGAAUUUCUCCUAAAAAAUCAAAAUACAUGACUCCAAUGCAGCAGAAACUAAAUGAAGUCUAUGAAGCUGUAAAGAACUAUACUGAUAAGAGGGGUCGCCGCCUCAGUGCCAUAUUUCUGAGGCUUCCCUCUAGAUCCGAGCUGCCUGACUACUAUCUGACCAUUAAAAAGCCCAUGGACAUGGAAAAAAUUCGAAGUCACAUGAUGGCCAACAAAUACCAAGAUAUAGACUCCAUGGUUGAGGACUUCGUCAUGAUGUUUAACAAUGCCUGUACCUACAAUGAGCCUGAGUCUUUGAUCUACAAAGAUGCCCUUGUCCUGCACAAGGUCCUGCUUGAAACUCGGAGAGACCUGGAGGGAGAUGAGGACUCUCAUGUCCCAAAUGUGACCUUGCUGAUUCAAGAACUUAUUCACAAUCUUUUUGUGUCAGUCAUGAGUCAUCAGGAUGAUGAAGGAAGAUGCUACAGUGAUUCCUUAGCAGAAAUUCCUGCGGUGGAUCCCAGCUUCCCAAACAAACCUCCUCUUACUUUUGACAUAAUUAGAAAGAAUGUUGAAAAUAAUCGCUACCGACGGCUCGAUUUAUUUCAAGAGCAUAUGUUUGAAGUCUUGGAAAGGGCACGAAGAAUGAAUCGGACAGACUCCGAAAUCUACGAGGAUGCGGUAGAGCUACAGCAGUUUUUUAUUAAAAUCCGUGACGAACUCUGCAAAAAUGGAGAGAUCCUGCUUUCACCAGCACUCAGCUAUACCACAAAGCAUUUGCAUAAUGAUGUGGAGAAAGAGAGGAAGGAAAAAUUGCCAAAAGAACUAGAGGAGGACAAACUAAAACGAGAAGAAGAAAAAAGAGAAGCUGAAAAGAGUGAAGACUCCUCAGGCGCCGCAGGCCUCUCCGGCUUACACCGCACGUACAGCCAGGACUGCAGCUUUAAGAACAGCAUGUACCAUGUUGGAGACUACGUCUACGUGGAGCCCGCAGAGGCCAGCCUGCAGCCACACAUCGUCUGCAUUGAGAGGCUUUGGGAAGAUUCUGCUGGUGAAAAAUGGUUAUAUGGCUGUUGGUUUUAUCGGCCAAAUGAAACAUUCCAUCUGGCUACACGGAAAUUUCUAGAAAAAGAAGUUUUUAAGAGUGACUAUUAUAAUAAAGUUCCUGUUAGUAAAAUUCUAGGAAAAUGUGUGGUCAUGUUUGUCAAGGAAUACUUCAAAUUAUGCCCAGAAAACUUUCGAGAUGAGGAUGUUUUUGUCUGCGAAUCACGGUAUUCUGCCAAAACCAAAUCUUUUAAGAAAAUUAAACUGUGGACCAUGCCCAUCAGUUCAGUGAGGUUUGUCCCUCGGGAUGUGCCCUUGCCUGUGGUCCGAGUGGCGUCUGUAUUUGCAAAUGCAGAUAAAGGAGAUGACGAGAAGAACACAGACAACUCAGAGGACAGUCGAACUGAAGACAAUUUUAACUUGGAAAAGGAGAAAGAAGAUGUCCCUGUGGAAAUGUCAAAUGGCGAACCAGGUUGCCACUACUUUGAGCAGCUCCAUUAUAAUGAUAUGUGGCUAAAGGUUGGCGACUGUGUCUUCAUCAAGUCCCAUGGCCUCGUGCGCCCUCGCGUGGGCAGAAUUGAAAAGGUAUGGGUCCGAGAUGGAGCUGCAUAUUUUUAUGGCCCCAUCUUCAUUCACCCAGAAGAGACGGAACAUGAGCCCACAAAAAUGUUCUACAAAAAAGAAGUAUUUCUGAGUAAUCUGGAAGAAACCUGCCCCAUGACAUGUAUUCUGGGAAAAUGUGCUGUGUUGUCAUUCAAGGACUUCCUCUCCUGCAGACCAACUGAAAUACCAGAAAAUGACAUUCUGCUUUGUGAGAGCCGCUACAACGAGAGUGACAAACAGAUGAAGAAAUUCAAAGGACUGAAGAGGUUUUCACUCUCUGCUAAAGUGGUAGAUGAUGAGAUUUAUUACUUCAGAAAACCAAUUGUUCCUCAGAAAGAGCCCUCACCUUUGUUGGAAAAGAAGAUCCAGUUGCUAGAAGCUAAAUUUGCUGAGUUAGAAGGUGGAGAUGAUGAUAUUGAAGAGAUGGGAGAAGAGGAUAGUGAAGUCAUUGAGCCUCCUUCUCUACCUCAACUUCAGACCCCCCUGGCCAGUGAACUGGAUCUCAUGCCCUACACACCCCCACAGUCUACCCCAAAGUCUGCCAAAGGCAGUGCAAAGAAGGAAGGCUCCAAACGGAAAAUCAACAUGAGUGGCUACAUCCUGUUCAGCAGUGAGAUGAGAGCUGUGAUUAAGGCCCAGCACCCAGACUACUCUUUUGGGGAGCUCAGCCGACUGGUGGGGACAGAAUGGAGAAACCUUGAGACAGCCAAGAAAGCAGAAUAUGAAGGCAUGAUGGGUGGCUAUCCGCCAGGCCUUCCACCUUUGCAGGGCCCAGUUGAUGGCCUUGUUAGCAUGGGCAGCAUGCAGCCACUUCACCCUGGGGGGCCUCCACCCCACCAUCUUCCGCCAGGUGUGCCCGGCCUCCCGGGCAUCCCACCACCGGGUGUGAUGAACCAAGGAGUGGCCCCUAUGGUGGGGACUCCAGCACCAGGCGGAAGUCCGUACGGACAGCAGGUAGGAGUUUUGGGGCCUCCAGGGCAGCAGGCACCACCCCCAUAUCCUGGCCCACAUCCAGCUGGCCCCCCUGUCAUACAGCAGCCGACAACGCCCAUGUUUGUGGCUCCCCCACCGAAGACACAACGGCUUCUGCACUCAGAGGCCUACCUGAAAUACAUCGAAGGACUCAGUGCUGAGUCAAACAGCAUUAGCAAAUGGGACCAAACCCUGGCAGCUCGAAGACGGGAUGUCCAUUUGUCAAAAGAACAGGAGAGCCGCCUCCCCUCUCACUGGCUGAAAAGUAAAGGGGCCCACACCACCAUGGCAGAUGCCCUCUGGCGCCUUCGGGAUUUGAUGCUCCGAGACACCCUCAACAUUCGCCAAGCAUACAAUCUAGAAAACCUUUAAUCACAUCAAUUCCGUUUCUUUUAUAGAAGCAUAAAGAGUUUUGUGGAACAGUAGCCAUUUUAGUUACUGGGGGUGGGGGGAGGAAAAAAGGAUAAUUUUUAUUGCAUUUUACUGUACAUCACAAGGCCAUUUUUAUAUAAGGACACUUUUAAUAAGCUAUUUCAAUUUGUUUUUGUUAUAUUAAGUUGACUUUAUCAAAUACACAGAGAUUUUUUUGCAUAUGUUUCCUUCGUUUAAAACCAGUUUCAUAAUUGGUUGUAUAUGUAGACUUGGAGUUUUAUCUUUUUACUUGUUGCCAUGGAACUGAAACCAUCAAAGGUUUUGUCUUGGCUUGGGGUUUUGGUUUUUGGUUUUUGGUUUUGUUUUUUUAUAAAAGAACAAACAAAAUGAAAAAAAUACACAUACACACACACACACACACACACACGCACGAGAGUUUACAGAUUAGUUUAAGUUGACAAUGAAAUGUGAAGUUGGUCCUAGUUUACAUCUUACAGAGGGGAGUGCACUGGAGUCUGCUUUACGUACUUGAGUAUCUUAAGCCACUUCGGCAGAAGCUGUCUUUUACAGUUGAAGUGAGAAGUUAUUUUAGGUUACAGGUGUUUGGCAGACCUGGCACAUUUGCUCUGUUAACUCAGAGACUUGCUCCAGAAAUCUGAAGUCAGUGCUGUGCAUCCUUCUGCCCCUGGUGCAUCUCCCGGACCCCCAGAGUGGGGAGCACGGUUUCUUGUGCUCUUAGUCAUCUGUGGUGUCAGUUAGUUUUGCAGAACAUGUGCACAACCCUGAAUUAUCUUUAGUCUUGGCAGGUAAGUUUAAGGGUACUUUUGAUCUAUUUAUAUUGAAUUCACAAUUUAUGCCUAUACUUGCUAGAUGAUUUAAAAUUUUAAAUCUCUUACAUUGAAAACCAUUAAGUUUGCCUUGAAAAGCAUUGAGGUGUGCAUAGAGGUGAUUUAUUUUUUAAACCUAACACCUAACCUAACAUAGGGAAGGGAGUGCAUAACCAGAUACGAGCUUUGUCAGAAGCAUAAUUGUAAAAAGGGUAGAUUGUCUACAUAAGCACGUAUGUUUUCGUAUCUUUAUUUCCUCACCAGAUGUGGCAUUUUUUUUUUUCUUUCUAAGUUUCAGUGUUGUAAUUCUCAACCAGAAACUUAAGGCUUUCUAAAAUGUUUUUUAAAUUUAACUUGUGCUUUUGAAUUUCAGGAGAGAGUAAUUAUAAUCUAAGAAAAUACUCACUUAAAAAGACCAAUAUGGAUCCCAAACAUUUGGGGUUGACCCUUUCUCUUUCACAUGAGCCUAGAAUGAGUAUCUGGAGGCAGCGUAUGAUGCGCUGACAGGUAGAAAAGCACCACACCUGGAUUCCCCUUGAGGUUUUUGAAACCUGUUUUUUCGUAACAAGAUUGUUGCCGUUUUGGUGGAGCUUCCCUUGCUGUUUGUAAAUUGAGAGAGUGACUCUCACAGGAUACUUUUUUCUUUUAAUCUGGUAUGAAUCAAUACCUGGAUAUUUAAUUGCCAUUCUUACGAAAUCAUGGGGACAAAAAUGUGUAGAAUGGAAACAAGUCUCUUGUAUUCUAGAUACUUUAAAUACAGGAGGCCCUUGUAACCUCAUUGCCUAUAGUCAACCACUGGGUCUCAGUUUGCAUCAAGUGUUUUGAAUAAUUCUGAAUUUUUAAAAAAUGUAUUGCAAUAGUAUGUCAGUACCUUAUUGUUAAACUGAAUCAGAGAAAGAAAUCUUCAGUUCCUAGUGAUUUGGGCCAUUGAGUCAUCAUGGACUGUAUAAUACAAUCAGAUUAUUUUAUUUCUAGACAUUCUUGAAUUACACCAAAGAACCUGAAAUCUAAUUUUGGUUAAGUUAUUUAUUUAUUUCAUGCACCCAUCUUAUUUCCCUUUUUAAGGUCUGGAUGAGACUUCUUUGGGAAGCCUCUAAAAACUCUUCACUGUGGGCUAGGUGGGGCAUUAGAAGCCAGGGCACUCCUCCUCCAGGCUCCUUCCCAGUGUCUAGAGGUGCUGUAGAAACCAUAGAUCCAGCCAGGGGCUUCCCUAAGGCAGUGCAGAGCCGGGCCAGGGGGCCAGUAGGCAGGCCCUAAUUAAGUUUAAAAAAAAAAAAAUCUAUGUAUUUAUUUUAGAAUCAUGUCUUUCUGUAUAUUAACUUGGAGAGUAUCAGUGAAUAUAUAGGAUAUAAGAUCUGAGGUCAGCCAUCUUCCAAGAAAGAUAAGCCAAAAAAAAAUUUUUUUUAAUGUCCUGACUUAAGAAAGUACAAGUGAACUAUAUACAUCUUCCCCCCACCCAUGAAUUUUAGAAACUAGUGAUAUGGCUUAGAAAGUUUGAUGGCCUAAAUGUUUUCAAAAUGUAAGUUCAUGUGGAAAAGAAUCUUGUUUAUUUGGAGGAAAACCUAUAGGUUUAAAAUAGUAUGUCAGCCAACUGAUUUAAGAGGCCUUUGAACUGCUUGGAUUUUGAACCCACCCUUGUCUUCCUAUGAGGAAGAACUGACAGGGGACACUUCUUGUGUGAAAUCUCAAACUGGUGUUGUUGACUUCUGAGCUUGAACAUUUGCAGACCUAAUUAAAAACUUGGUUUAUUCUAAUUUCUGUAUCAGAGGAGGUUUAAGUGGUAACUAGUCCUAUAACCUGUAUGUAUCCUAUGUUUGUUCAUUUAAAGCUUUUUAAUCCAAAUAAAAAUGGAGUUUGCAAAGUGAAAUGGAUUAACCAGGUUUGGUUGUUCUGUUAAAGCUGUGUCAGAUGUUAGGCUCAAGCAGGCUUAAUUCCUGCAAGUCUUGAUUCUAUGCUGACAGGGAUCUAGCUGCCAAUUUAAGGGAACAGAGCUCCUCAGGUGGAGGCCAAAGUCAGUGAGUGAGCAGACCUGGUUCAGGGUUCAGGCUGCAUUAGCACAGGCCGAAUGCAGUCAUGCUGCAGCUCAACGUGCCCCACGCCACGCCUCUCCGGCAGUCAAGGAAUUCCUAACAUGUCCUCAUCGUGGGCAGAAAUACAGGUUGAAGUUAAAAUUGGAGAAUUACUGAUGGUGGAAGGUAAGGAA